AUGAUGGAAAUCGAGCAGACCAUCGCAUUAGGGUAUGGCAGUUGUGCUGUGGCUCCCUUGGCUCUAUUUUGCCUUUGGUGUUACAGAGACGAACUGGAGGGGGUCAUCAAUGCCAUCAAGGGAACAUUGUGGCUUUGGUUGACAGUGCCAGUGACAUUGGUGCUGUGGCUUGAGAUUCUUUGGCUCCCAAUCUGGUUGGCAAAUUUCGUUGCAGUGGUGGUGCAGCUCAUCAUGGGAAUAUUAUCUCUCCAGCUUUUUGGACUCACACUGCGGGUGCUUCAGAGUUUUUCAAGCAAGCUCCGUAGUAAGCUCCGUAAGGCAAUGUCGGCAAGGUCGAAGGGUCCUUUGACUUUGGCAUUGACGGCGAUGGGGUCGUUGAUAUCGGCGAUGGGUCUAUUGAUAGGUUUGAUCGCCCCAUGGGUGUUCUUCACUGCCACUCAAGUCUUGCUCAUUCAGGCCCUGCAGCAUGGCUGGGAGCCACCCUUUGUGCUGCACCCUCUGAAGAUGCAGGCAAGAUUCUUAAGAUCAAACCUAACCCCAGAGGACAUCGCACAUCUUCAAAAUCUCACCAUGCCUGAUAAGGUCAUUCCGAAGGCAUGCCAAGCGAUCAGGACUAGCGACCUGGUCGACAAUGUGACUGCGGGUAUCACCUGUGCCAGCUGGUGCCGUGCAGUGGACCUAUACCUACCCAGUAGCAAUUACCUGUUUUGGUGCUUAAAAGCAGAAGCAUGGUGGGCUUUCUCGCCUCCCCUUGCAAUUGCCUUCGCGGGCUUUCAUUUGGCCAUUCCAAUCUCAAUCUUGUCCGCUGUGCUCUAUGCUCUGCCAGCCAUUUGGGUCACAUGCAGGGCAAGGCUUCGAUCAGACCAGAAUGCUACUGCUGGGUAUGAGAAUUUACCUUUGAGCUCCAGCGAUGCUCCUCCAUCUCUCCCCUCUGCCGAUUGGCCGCUUGAAAAACCGUCAUCAACAGACAUCUUGAGUCGGUUUGCCCAUUGGAUGUACAACAAUGAUCGGGACGCAGCGAUCUUCUUGGCCAAAGUCGCUGUUGGAUUCAAUAUCUUUGAGGUCGUGGGAGAUGUCAACAGCAGCUUUAACUUGUUGGCCCUUGGUCAGCCUUUCUACGCUUUGGCCAUGUUGGCCUCAAUAAUUCUUCCCAACUACCCAGGUCUCUUCCAAAUUGGCAUGGCACAAGCUCUUGAAAAAUGCACACAGCAAGGGAUGGUGUCUGAAAAAUUGCUCGAGCAUCAAGAAAGAGAAGGGCUCAUUGAAGGAGCGAUUUCGUGCAUCAUUGCGCUGUGCGCCUUGGUGCGAACCCCAGCCAUGUCGCCCUUCAGCACGGCAUCACUGGCGUUCACUGUUUGCACCUCCAUAGCCUUCAGCAUCCCUUCGGGCAGCACAGCCCGUGCCCUGCUGCAAGCUAAGGUUGAGGGAAAGCUAAAUCUCAAUGACUACUACCAGUUCAGUAAGGCCAGAAAGGACUUGGAACCGGCCCAAAAGUACUUCAUCUCUGUCCUGGUGAUGAGCUCGGGCUGUGCACUGGGGUUGAUGCUAUGUGCAGUUGGAGACUGGAUGCAGAAUCUUUCGAGUGGUCCAACGGCGUUCCACUGCAUGUCAUGUUGGAAAUUAGUUGUUGGAUUUGUGGGUUGUAAUCUUCUGCUGCUAAGAACUAUGUUUGUCACAAAGUACAUCGUGACGGUCUUGUUUAUCAUCUUUUGGAUCUUGCAAUGGAUCGAUGUGGUGCAGCAUAGCGACUGCCUGUUGACUUGUGAGGAGUGGCACAUCCGACAGAUGAUCUUCUCAGUUCUGGGAACCGUGGCUUCUCUCGCUUCUCUUUGGUGGUGGCAGACCAGCAGCCUGGUGACAGAUGUCAUGGAAGAUUACGCCCAUGCCCACGUCGUUUCUCCCUCGUCUUCUUCCUGCUCUUCUCCUUCUUCUUCUUCUUCUUCAACUUGA